UCGGAAGAGAAGAUCAAACUUCGAGGAACGAUGAAUUACAGAACAUGACUUGCGUCAUUGAGACUUACACAGACGAAUUGUUGUUCACGAAUACUGGACGACGUUCGUUAAAAAUUGUAUACGAAUAUCUAAUCCGAGCGUCCGACUGGGUGCUAAAUAAUUUACGUUGUGACGAGAAGAACAGACAGACGGAUUUGAUGAAUUUGCCGGAAGUCUCACCAAUCAUAAAACCUCUUAUACACACGAUGUUUCAUAUCGAGGACACGUGCUUUGAUCAGUUUCUGGUUAAUUACGAAGUAACGAAUUGGUCGAAGGUAUUAACGAUGCCUUUAUCGAUUACCUUGAAACGUGUACGAAGUCAAAUUCUUUUGAGACCAGAAUUGAAGAAUGUUGGAGACCUCAGUCAUGAGGAUAAAGAAGUGGUGCAAUCUAUCAAAAGACUCUGCUCGUUUGUCAGGUCAGCACGUUUCAAAUAAGUGGUUUACACACAUUUAGCGAUAGGUAAUAUAUUUCUUUCUCCUAUUAUAUCUAUUUAAAAGGCUCGUAUUAUUUUAAUUCAAUAUUUGUUUAAUAAUAUGCAUUUUUAAUAUAUAUAAUGCAUUUCUAAGAUAUCGUAUAUCGAAGCGUGGUUUUUUAGGUAGACUUUUCUUUCUGGCGUGUUUUUAGCUUUUGAAAAUCUUUAUCGCAAUUGUACGAUAAAGCCCGCAUUCUUCCAU